AUGGUGCAGAGCAAGAACUCCUCACGCCCCAGCCGGUGCAGGAGAUACUAUGGUCGUCGGGAGCCGCAAGACGGUCUCUGCUCACUGUUAGCACAUGUCUGCGGAUGGCGAACGCGGGUAAGUUACCGCGCGCAGAAAACCAGAACUGAGCGUACGGGAGUCGUGUUCCACGGGUCAUCAGACCACCACAGAUAUGGCCCUAAAGAGCCAAUUUCCAGCCGGGAUUCCGGUUCCAAGGGCUCGAAGCAGGAGAAAGGACAAGGUGGAUUUUAG